AUGUAUCACCUCGCCAAGGGGCUGUAUAUGCUCGCCACCAGCAAAGAAGAAUACUCGGUGCUUCUGCUGGGCCUGGACAAUGCCGGCAAGACGACCUUCCACGAGCAGGUCAAGGCGCUCUUCGUGCCGGACGGCCCGGAGCCCAAGCUGAAGACGGUCCCGACCGUGGGCCAGAAUGUGUCGACCAUCUCGCUGCCGGACAUGUACAUGAAGAUCUGGGAUGUCGGCGGCCAGAUGACCUUGCGCAAGCUGUGGCAGAGCUACUACCAGAGCUGCCAUGCCAUCGUCUUCAUCAUCGAUAGCACCGACAUUGGCGACGGCCACCUGGACGACAACGGCACCCGCAUCGGCGUCGGUGCCGGUGAUGGUGGCCUCGGCAGUGGCAUCGGCAACAAUGGCAUCGGCAGUGGUAGCAGCAAUGGCACUGGCAGCAACAGCGAUGCCGCCGUCGACGGCCGUCUCGACGAGUGCCGCCUCGUGCUCGAGGACGUCUUGCAGCACUCCGACACCGAGGGCGUGCCGCUACUGAUCCUCGCCAACAAGCAGGACCGCGAAGACUGUGUCGAGGUCGUCCGCAUCAAGGAGGGACUGGUCAAGAAGGUCUUUGAGGGCGACAAGGCCGCCAGCAUCCGCGACUCGCGCGUCCUGCCCGUGUCUGCGCUGACCGGCACCGGCGUGCGUGAAGCUGUCGAGUGGCUGUGCUCGCGCGUCAAGUGGAACAAGGAGUCGCGACCGCCAGUAAUGCGGUAG